AGAUUGCAUGCUAGAAGGCCCGAGCUAGCCAGAUGGUAUGCAGACCAGUGACACUGCGCAUGGGGCCACGUGGGUCUUUUCUCGAACAGCUGUGGGUAUUCGAAACGUGUCGGUCACAGGCAGGCGGUCACAGUUUGAUGUUCCUAGUAACACGCUCCCUACCCCUGGUCAAGAUGUCGGGUCACACUCCCUCCUUGAUGAGGCUGGAACAGCGGGCAGCCGAGGCCGACCACAUCAUAGACUACCUCAAACAGCAGGUCCAGCUGCUCAAGGAGAAAGCCAAGGUGCAGGCCACCGUCAGAGAAGAGAAGAAACUGAUGGUGGAGAACACCAAGCUGAAGAGGGACAUCGAGCAACUGAAGCAAACACUGCUGGAGAAGGAGAAGAGCAGAGGAGUGAGGGAGGUGGCCAUGCCAACAGCAGGAGACUCGAGUGUCCAGUGUGCCUCCAAGUCCACACCUCCUCAGCCCUUGUCCCCAGCAAGGUCCUCCACCUCUCCUGUUUCCACUGCCAGCCCCCCUCCCAAAAGCAGCGAGGGCAAGAAGAAUAAACCAGAGAAAAGGGAGAAGGGAGAGAAGAAGCCUGCGGCCCCCCAGGAGGAGGCUAAGGUGGACGUGUCGCGUCUGGACAUGAGGGUGGGACGCAUCGUCACGGCCGAGAAGCACCCGGACGCCGACUCACUCUAUGUGGAGCAGGUGGACGUGGGAGAGGCAGCCCCCAGGACGGUGGUCAGCGGGCUGGUCAAGCACAUACCCAUAGAUCAGAUGCAGAAUCGCAUGGCGGUGCUGCUGUGCAACCUGAAGCCAGCUAAGAUGAGAGGUGUGGUGUCCCAGGCCAUGGUGAUGUGUGCCAGCUCCCCAGACAAGGUGGAGAUUCUAGACCCUCCCAGCGGUGCCGUGCCCGGGGACAGAGUCAUCUUCCAGGGCUUUCCAGGUGAGCCAGACAAGGAGCUGAACCCCAAGAAGAAGGUGUGGGAGGCGGUGCAGCCGGACCUGAAGACAGACGGCCAGUGUGUGGCCAACUACAAGGGAGCCCCCUUCGAGGUCGCCGGCAAGGGAGUAUGCAAAGCUCAGACCAUGAGCAACAGCGGCAUCAAAUAAAGGAAGACGAAUGCAGAGGACGGAGCCGUAGAACUAGAAUGGUGGGAAAAAAGUGGGAUUGGAAAAAGUGUGAAUGACUGCUCCAGUCAUUGUAUUUCUAUAGGUGGAACUAGCGAAGGUCCUUGUUCAGCCUGUGGAACUGCUACUCAUCCAUGGUGCUGAAGGGUGAUGGUGAUGAUGUCAACGGAGGAAAAUGAAAUGUUUUGAAGAUGUUCAAUAAAAAGGUUAUCAGUUGGUCUUUAA